AUGAGACUGUUGAACCUGGUUACAUGUGCUGGCACGGGGCUCCUGAUCAGAAAUGCUGCCGCAUUGCCAAUCUUUGGGUUGGGUGACAAAUUCUCUAAUUAUGUCAAGGGCGCCAUAGAAAAGGGUAAAAAAGAGCUUGGGGAGAUUCCUGGUAUAGAUGGCACGGCCGUAUUGGAGGAAAUUCCCGGGCUGGAUCUGGGAAAGAAGGGAGUGCCGCUCAAGGACGCAUCACUCGUCAACACGUUCAAAUUGAUGAGCCAAUACUCCGCGGCUGCUUAUUGCUUCAAAAAUCACGACAAUACUAUUGGGGACAAGGUAACUUGUCCUGCCGGCAACUGUCCUCUCGUAGAAGCAGCGGAUACAAAGUCUUUAGCGGAAUUUCAAGAUUUUCCUGGCACUGAUGUCACCGGCUUUGUUGCGGUCGACAAGUCGAACAAGAUGGUUGUCGUCUCCUUUCGAGGCUCGUUGUCGCCCGCGAACUUCGCAACAGAUCUAAACUUUGCACCAACAGCCACCGAUCUUUGCGCCGGCUGCACAGCUCAUAGCGGAUUCUGGCAAUCGUGGGUGGAUGCACGGCCCGGUGUCAUGGCUGCCGUACGCAAUGUCUCCGCGACCUAUCCCAACUUCAAGCUUGUGACCACGGGUCACUCGCUCGGCGGUGCCAUCGCCACUCUUGCGGCAGCACAGCUUCGAAACGAAGGAAAGUCGGUCGCAAUGUACUCCUUUGGUGCUCCACGGGUUGCACCAGAGAGACUCAGCCAGUUCAUUUCGAAUCAACCCGGCGGGAACUUUCGCAUUACCUUUGGUCAAGAUCUCGUCCCACGCCUGCCUCCCUCUUUAUUCAAAUACGUGCAUAUAUCCCCGGAGUAUUUCAUUGAAAAGAAUCGAAGAACUAGCAAGGGAGAUGUGCAACCCUCAGACGUGUCUAUGCUUGAGGGAAGCACCAAUUUUUGGGGGAACCGUAAGUUUGUUGUACCUAUCCUCUUGCCACAUGUCGAGUAUUUUGGAGACAUUUGCGGCUGUGUGACCGAUCAGAUUCUCGACCUUAAAAUCGAUGUUGAGUUCGCGUAA